AUGGCGGCCCAGAAGGGCAAGGCGAAGGUGGGAGAGACCAGUCAGGCACAACGAGCUACUCGGGCUCGUGUCUAUGAUUUGCCUGAGGUUGCACCUCAUUCUGAGGGGUCUGCUACACCCCCAUUAGUACAGCCUGGAGCAGGACCUUCAGCAGUUCCAGAGGUCCGUGUACCCGCUCCUGAGGCUCCAGCUCCUCAGCCAGGGGCGGAGGAUAGGACCCUAAGGGAGGCUGUACAGUUGUUGACCACGAUAGUAGCGGGACAGGCUCGCAGACGCGGGCGGAGGGACGAUGAUGAUGAGGACAGGCGGGACAGCCUGAGAGUUCGGGAGUUCUUAUUAUGUGGCCCUCCAGAGUUUUUCGGGUCUAAGCCCGACGAGGACCCCCAUGACUUCAUUCGGGGGAUGCGGCGUGCAUUAGACUUGGUCAGGGCUUCAGAGACCGAGUCGGUUGAGCUAGCUUCGCAUAGACUUCGGGAUGUUGCCGCGCGUUGGUAUGAGACUUGGGAGCUAUCCCGGGGUGAGGGUGCUCCUCCAGCUAUGUGGGAUCAGUUUGUGACUGCUUUCACCCGCCACUUUCUGCCCCCAGAGUUACGACGGGAGCGAGCUGAUCGGUUUUUGCAUCUGCAGUAGAGGGGUCGAAGCGUUCGUGAAUAUAAUUUGGAGUUUGAUUCCCUGGCCCGGUAUGCCCCUGCCGUGGUGGCAGAUAUGACAGAUCGGAUGCAUAGUUAUGUUAUGGGGUUGGAUCGUUACCUGAUUGACGGCUGUAUGGCGGUGUCAUUACAGACAGAUAUGGACAUUGCCCGUCUACAGGCCUACGCCCAAGGGAUGGAGAACCGGCACCGAGCAGAUCGGCCCAGCAGAGAGUAUGAUGGGAGACGGCCCAAGAGGGCCAGAUCAGCGGGGUAUUCUGGAGAUUCUCGGGGCGGGCAGCCUCAAUAUCAGUCCAGUGGGUACUUUCCUCCAUCCGGCCGGGACACUCAGUCUGUUAGUAAGAGAUUUGAUGGCGCAGGACCGUCCAGGGCAGACCAGAGUUCCAGAGCCCCAGGUCCUCAGGCGAGCAGGGGUCCCAGUCAGACUAGGCCACCUAUGCCCCCGUGUUCGUAUUGUGGAAGAUCGCACCCAGGUGAGUGCUUCAGGGUCACAGGGGCCUGUUUUGCUUGCGGCCGCCAGGGCCAUAUCAUGCGGGUUUGUUCGUGGGCAGGCGGUUCCGGUAGCGCAGCACCGCCGAUGAGGUCCGUUGCUGGUUCGUCAUCUACCCCUUCGGCCCCGCGCUCCACGGGGCGAGGUAUGCCAGCACCGGCGGGCCGCGGUAGAGGCCGUGGCGGGGGUUCAGAUUCUAGCGGUCCCUCGAACCGCAUCUAUGCUUUGACUGGUCGGCGGGACCCAGAGGCACCCCCAGAUGCAGACCCAGGUACAGAAGAUCGUUUGGGUGGUCCUCCAGUUUAGGCUACUCAUUCUGCUGUGUUGGAGAGCUCCCCUUGAGCCGGAGCCUACUUUUGGUACAUACCUUCUGUUGUAUGUGUGUGUUCGGUACAUUUGUGGAUGUGUGGGUAUGGCGGGGCCCUGUCCCGUCAUAUGUUCCUAUGUUCUGUUUUGUUUAGAGGCCUGUAGUCACAUUUGUGGGUCGUGGGUCCGGUGUGUUUGUAUGUGAGUCUGUUUUGCGAUCUUAAGCGGCCCGUACGCUACUAUGGCCAAAUCGGCCUCUGAGUUUGUAUGUGUGUGUGUGUGCAUUUGGGCGAUGUACAUUCCGCCCCUUUCUGAUGUGUGUGUGUGCAUUUGGGCGACGUAUAUUCCGCCACCUUUCUAAUUUUGAUUUGACUAAUCUGAACGGGCGAC